AUGAACCGGACACUCAUUCUGAGUUUAGCCAUGCUGUGGGCAACAUGGCUAGCGUGUGACUCUGAGAAGACCGUGAGGCUAGCAGACAGAGGGAGCCAUGGAAUUAGUUACUUGCCUCUCUCUCACAGGGCUAGCAAUGGAUCGCUGUCCUUCCUGAGAAGGUCGGAGGCAUCCCAGGGGAGUUGGACGCCUUCAGUGGGGAAUCUCCAACGUCCUGUUGCCAAGAGGGAUACUCCAGCAUCAAAAAAUGUACAACCUGACCUGCUGCGAGAUGAAGUGCCGGCCCAGGCCAGGAGAGUCAGGGCCAGAGUAAGGCAGACGCAGAGACACACCACCGCGGCCAAACAUCCCCAGCCUGAGAUGAUCAAGGACGAGGGGAAGUCUGCUGUGUCUCGGUCACGGAUUGUACGUUUCCCUUCAGGGUCCAGUUCUCCCAAUGUCCUGGCCAGCUUUGCCGGCAAGAACAGAGUCUGGGUCAUCUCUGCCCCUCAUGCCUCUGAAGGCUACUACCGGCUCAUGAUGAGCCUGCUUAAGAGCGAUGUCUACUGCGAACUGGCCGAGAGGCACAUCCAGCAGAUUGUGUUGUUCCAUGAGGAAGGGGAGGAAGGAGGGAAAGUCAGGAGGAUAACCAGCGAAGGGAAAAUCCUGGAGCAGCCUCUAGAUCCCAGCCUCAUCCCUAAACUCAUGAGCUUUCUGAAACUGGAGAAGGGGAAAUUUGGCAUGGUGCUGCUGAAGAAGACCCUACAGGUGGAGGAAAGGUACCCUUACCCUGUAAGGCUAGAGGCCAUGUACGAAGUCAUCGACCAGAGCCCCAUCAGGAAAAUCGAGAAGAUGAGGCAAAAGGGUUUCAUCCAGAAAUGCAAAGCUGUCGGGGUGGAGGGGCAAGUGGUGGAGGAAAGUAACAAUGGUGGCAGCACCAGACCUACAUCAAGUGGUGGACAAGUCCAGCUGUCGGUAAGGAAGGAGGAGCCAAGGAGAAGCAAUGCUCAGCCAACAAGGAGCAAAACAGUGAGGAAACUAAUCACGACCACAGUGGCUCCUCCUCCCCCUACAACGAGGGGCAGCACCCUCCCUCCCACAACCACCACUACCCAGGCAACCACCCGCACAGUGAUGAUGCAGAGCAGACCUAUCACCACAGCCACACCCCUUCCAACCACUCAGAGAACUUGGACCACAAAGUCACACACCACUUCCGACUAUGAUAGGCUGCCCACAGCGCCCGAAGCAACUGCCCCGCGGGGAACAGCCACUGAUGAUUUCUACUCCCCUGUGUGGAAUGAGAACCGCCGAGACAGGCAGCAUGGUCACCCGGAGAGACACCCAGUAGCCACCCGGAGACCUGGCAAAGUUGCCAGCUACGACAGCUACACAGAGGCUCCCCCGGCCACCUCAGAGCACUACACGAGGGCAAACGCAGGUAGAUUUAGAGACAACCGUACAGACCGGAAGGACUAUAUACACCGGGAUCCCAGUGUCACACCAGGCCAACACAAACUAGCCAAAGCCAAGCCACCUAAAAAGAGAACCCAGGAAAAGAUCCUGAGCAAUGAAUACGAGGAUAAAUAUGACCCGAGCAGGCCUGCUGUUCCCCACUUGGAGCAAGAGAUCGCAGCAGGGAAUGUCCCGCCGAAGAAAGGGAAAGAGCCAAAGAAGCACGACCGACCAGACAAGCCUGAGAAGAAGAAGAAGAAGGAGAGACCCGAUAAGCUGCAGAAGAGCGAGAAGCAGGCCAAGAAGGACAAAGCUGAGAAGAAGACCAAGCAGGACAAAGAUCGCAGCAAGAAGAACAAGAAGGGGAGCAGGACUGAGAACGAGGGCCACCUGAAGCCAAACACAAAGCCUUUCGUUCAGCCCUCCAGGAAAUCGGUGACAAACCUCCUGGAUUUUUUUGAAGGCAAACGGCGACUCAUUCUGAUCACGACCCCCAAGGCCGACACCACCAUGUACGUGCAACAGCGAGACGAAUACCUGGAGAGUUUCUGCAAGAUGGCCACAAGGAAAAUCUCAGUCAUCACAAUUUUCGGCACCAUGAACAACAGCAGCAUGAAGAUUGACCACUUUCAACUAGAUAAUGAGAAGCCCAUGAAGGUGGUAGAGGAUGAUGACCUAGUGGACCAGCAUCUCAUCAAUGAGCUGAGGAAAGAAUACGGGAUGACCUACAAUGACUUCUUCAUGGUGCUGACGGAUAUUGACAUGAGGGUCAAGCAAUAUUAUGAAGUGCCCAUUGCAAUGAAGUCGAUAUUUGAUUUUGUUGACACCUUCCAGUCACGAAUCAAAGAUAUGGAAAAGCAGAAGAGGGAAGGUAUUGUCUGCAAAGAUGACAAGAAACAGUCCCUGGAAAACUUCUUAUCCAGGUUCCGAUGGAGGAGGAGGCUGCUGGUGAUCUCUGCUCCCAACGACGAGGACUGGGCCUAUUCCCAGCAGCUUUCUGCCCUCAGUGGACAGGCCUGUAAUUUUGGUCUGCGCCACAUAACUAUCCUCAAGCUGUUAGGACUCGGGGAAGAGAUCGGUGGUGUCUUAGAACUGUAUCCCAUCAAUGGAAGCUCCAAUGUGGAGCGAGAAGAUGUCCCUGCUAACCUGGUGAAAGACAUCCGCAAUUAUUUCCAAAUCAGCCCUGAAUAUUUCUCCAUGCUUCUGGUUGGGAAAGAUGGAAACGUCAAAUCCUGGUACCCUUCCCCAAUGUGGUCCAUGGUGAUCGUGUAUGAUUUGAUCGAUUCCAUGCAGCUCCGGCGACAGGAAAUGGCAAUUCAGCAAUCACUUGGCAUGCGAUGCCCAGAAGAUGAGUAUGGUGGGUAUGGUUACCAUAGCUAUCACCAGGGAUACCAGGAAGGUUACCAAGAUGACUACCGUCACCAUGAAAGUUACCACCAUGGAUACCCAUACUAA